ACUAUGCCUGACACAAUGAGUUUGAACGAGCACUCCCUUCAGGCUCUGUCAUGGAGAAAACUUUACUUGAGUCGGGCCAAGUUGAAGGCAAGUAGCAGAACUUCAGCCCUGCUUUCGGGUUUCGCCAUGGUGGCUAUGGUUGAGGUGCAGCUGGAGCGGGACUUCACGUAUCCCCCAGGCCUGCUGAUUGCCUUCAGUGCCUGCACCACAGUGCUGGUGGCCGUGCAUCUGUUCGCCCUGAUGGUCAGCACCUGCAUCCUGCCCAACCUGGAGGCCGUCAGCAACGUGCACAACCUGAACUCGGUCAACGAGUCGCCACAUGAGCGGAUGCACCGCCACAUCGAGCUGGCCUGGGCCUUCUCCACCGUCAUCGGCACCCUCCUCUUCUUGGCCGAGGUGGUGCUGCUCUGCUGGGUCAAGUUCCUGCCGCUUGGGAGCCCGGUCGAGACCAAGACCACGGCAGCACCAGGCAUCAGCCCCGGCCAGGCAGCCGCCAUCACCUCCACGUCCAUCAUGGUGCCGUUCGGCCUGGUGUUUAUCGUGUUCGCCGUGCACUUUUACCGCUCGCUGGUCAGCCACAAGACAGACCGGCAGUUCCAGGAGCUGGAGGAGCUGUCCAACAUCACACGUCUCCAGAACCAGCUGGACCACCGGGGAGAGGCGGCCAGCUUGACGUCCACCAAUGCCGCCGCUGCCCACUUCCCCUAGAGGACAAGCCCCUACUGUACCACUGUACUGUAUCAUUCUACACACACACACACACACACACACACACACACACACACACACACACAC